AAAAUGAAGGGUAAACGUGAUAUGGAGCUACCAGAAGACUUCUGGAUACCCGUCAGCCUGGACACAAACAACAUCACGUCACUUAGCCCUUUUCUGGUUCCACAGGACCACUUGGGGGAUACUGCCACCUUUUACGCCAUGGCAAUUUUCAUGUUAUUCAUAUUUAUUUUUGGCACUUUCAUCAACGCCCUUACCAUUGCAUGCACCAUCCAAUACAAGAAACUUCGAUCCCACCUCAACUACAUCCUGUUGAACUUGGCAGCAGCAAACCUUCUUGUGUCCACUGUGGGCUCCUUCACUGCCUGCUGCACUUUUUCAUUCAGAUAUUUCAUCUUUGGUGCGCUAGCAUGCAAGAUCGAAGGUUUCAUGGUAACACUCGGUGGUAUGGUAAGCCUGUGGUCCCUUGCUGUGAUAGCUUUCGAGCGAUGGCUUGUGAUUUGCAAGCCGCUCGGUAACUUUAUUUUCAAGCCCGACCACGCUAUAGCCUGCUGUGCAUUCACUUGGUUUUUUGCAGUAUUUGCCUCAGCUCCUCCACUGUUCGGCUGGAGCAGGUAUAUUCCAGAAGGCCUACAGUGCUCCUGUGGGCCAGACUGGUACACCACAAACAACAAAUACAACAAUGAGUCCUAUGUGAUGUUCCUGUUCUGCUUCUGCUUUGCUGUUCCUUUGACCACGAUUAUCUUUUGCUACUCCCAGCUGCUCAUCACACUGAAAAUGGCAGCCAAGGCCCAAGCUGAGUCUGCCUCCACCCAGAAGGCAGAGAGGGAAGUGACCAGGAUGGUGGUGAUCAUGGUGCUCGGCUUCUUGGUGUGCUGGAUGCCAUAUGCCUCCUUUGCUCUUUGGGUUGUGAACAACCGUGGGCAGUCAUUCGAUCUGAGAUUUGCGACUAUACCGUCCUGUUUCUCAAAGGCUUCAGCAGUCUACAACCCUGUUAUCUAUGUGGUCUUUAAUAAACAGUUCCGUACAUGUAUGUUAGCGAUGAUGGGGAUGGGAGGAGGUGAGGAGGAGGAGAGCUCAACAACACAAUCGGUGACUGAAGUUUCCAAAGUCGGGCCUGCUUAGGCAACACGUCAAUGCUCGCUGAUUUCUGAACUGUAAAUUACAAAGAAUGUACAUGUAUUUUAUCAUAUGUAAAAAUAUCAUGAUUUAAGUAGGAAUAAUCUGCAAAAUGAA